AUACUAACUAUUUUAAAGAUAGAACCAAUGUCAUUAGUUAGCGUCGGCGAUAGUUAUCGAACCCGCGAGUCUUCGCAGUCGAUCUGGUCGUUGAUCAUUCAUUUAAAUAUUGUUCACACUCCUUCAUAACAAAUCUUAGAUGAAAUGUCACAUCUCAUAUUCAGUAUAUUUUCCCCUGGACACCAAUAUCCUCACUAUGGCCACGCCACGGGCCCUAGUACGCCAACGCUCCUCGGCUUGCCCCCUGAGAUCCGCAGGCUCAUUUUUACCUGCUAUUUUCGAUCCGUCCGGAUACGCCAGAAGCUCACAUACCCAUAUGAAGCCGUAGAAGAUCAAUUGGCUAUUCUGCGGGUCUGCCAUCAACUCUACCACGAGUCUGAGCCACUCGUGCUUCCAAAUGUACAGCUCUUCUGCUAUAAAAACACAGAUGUGAUAAAUACUCUUACCAAGAUGAGCUCUGAACAAGUCUCACAGCUUCGGCACAUGGUAGUCCACCAUUGCCCCGUGGGAUUCAAUUUAUCUUCGAAGGAAAAGUCUACCGGCGUUUCAUCUGAUCGGAAGCACGACACCAACGACGACAACGACGACGACAACGUCGGUGAGGAUCCUGUCAGAUACUUCCAUCUUGGUGCGAUUCUUGGCCUAUUCCCGGGACUGCAGCUUGACAUCCUCGAGGUCUUUUGCGAGGUACGCGGAGGACCCUACACGGAUUUUCAAACCACGGACUGCUUCGGGUCCCUCCUUGGAGCUGAUGGUUACCGGCAGCUUUGGAUGCGUGCAAGCGAGGGCGACGGAGGGGCGUGGGUUGAUACUCCAAGUUCUUUUGAAUGGAAGGACUACAUAGCGACCAAGUUCAAGCCGUAUAAUGGAUGGGUCCGGAUGAGGCUGCCACGACAUGAAUGGAGAGAUGUGGGCAGAGAUACCCCACAGGGAGAAUUUUGGCACAGAGCUCAAGAGGCCGGGUUCACGCUCGUUAAAAAAAUCGACUCUCCAAACGAUUCUGAUGAGGAUGGGCAAAGUAUGUAUGGACACAGGAGCGAGGAUGUAGCCGAUAUCGUUGUGGAUAGAGGCGAUGCGGACUUCGCUGUCAAGAAGGAUGGCGAUCAAGUGCUGAGAUGCAUUGAGCGAGAUUAUUUGCUGGGAGAGACUCCCGCGUUCUUUAAAAGCACUUCGGACGCCCUACGGAAGCUUUUCAAAGACCAUAGCUUGGAGACCAUCUGGGCCAUGGAUGGAUUUGAUGAUGGCACUCUUAAUUAUUGGGACUUAGGGGAUAAUGCGUAUUCGAGAAGGUAUUAACUAGCCAUGGAUGAUGUUUAUAUAUAUGUACAUACAUAUGUACACAUUUUGCCAGAAUUCUGGAUCCGGGGAAAGGCAUAGGGAGUUAUGAAAUAUUCUUCUAGCAAUGUUGAAUGUAUGAUGAGCGCAUAAAUAGAAGAGAAAAGCAGAUUGUAAACCACCACAGCCGUUGUCUGUACCUAUUUUCUAUUAUUGAUAUACUGAUAUACCCUGCUGUGUUAUUUCUUUUCUUUUCUUUUCUUUUC